ACAAAAAUGAAAACGUUUGAAUUUUCUAGUUUUUGUACGGACUUUGAAAUUUUGUAGACUCAUCACUAGUGAGUAAUCGUAUAGAAGAAAAGCUUCAGAAAAAUUUUUGUAUUUUUUCUUCAAAAAAGUAAUUAAUUAUGGUCACAGUUGCCAUAAUUAUGAAAUGCGAAUUUAGCAACUUCUCAAGUUUUAAAAAUGAUUGAUUUCAUACGAUUAAUGACAGAUAGUUAGCAAAUAAAUUUUUUUUUAAAAUGGAGGAAAAAAUAAAAAAUAAUGAUUCCCUUAUUAUAAAAUUAUCCAAUUCGAGCAUAGAAAAAAAAUUAGAAGACUUUUUAACCAAAAAAUCAGUAUAUGAACAAUUUAAUGAAGAAAAUUUACAAAAAUUAUACAAUGAAUUUUCGGCAAAUAAAGCUGGAGGAAUUUGUGAGAACGAAUUGCUUGAAAUUUUCGAAAAAAUUUUAUCAAUUAAAAUUCCUAAAGAGGAAUUUAAUGUAUUAUUUAAAAAAAUAGAUUCUUCGCGGGACGAUAGUAUAACGUGGGAUGAAUUUUUGUCUCAUUUGUUGUUAGAAUUUCGGUUGAAAGGAACUGCGACAUUAAAAACACAACCUCUAGAACUGCCACUACUAGAUUCACCAAAAUUGAUUAAAAGUCGGCAUCCUUAUGCUAUUUGUAAAGUAAUAUUAUAUCCAGACAUUUCAAUUCAAGACAAAUCAUUAAGGAUGAGCUCAUGUAAAUAUUUAACUGCCAGUAAAGACGGUACUAUAAAUUAUUGGUCUGCCGAUUUUACUCAUCAACGUCAAGUCAAAGCUAUUAAUCCUUCUUUAAGAGUAUCACGCACAAUGAUAAUAGACAUGAUCGCAAUGCCGGAUGUAAAAAUGAUUUGUGUAUCUUCAGCAGAACGUGAACUGCGAUUUUAUGAUAUUGCAAUUAAUAAAUUUGAGUUAAGAAUGAGAAUACACAGUUUUAAAGAUGCUGUUGUAUGUAUGAGUUAUUUUUUUAAUGAACAUUUAAAAGACGAUUCAUGUAUAAUAUUAGGAGACACAAGUGGUUCAAUUUUUGUAAUUACAUUUAAUCCAGUGGAUAGAGGUCCUUUUAAACAACAACCUGACUGUGAUGUUUUUGAAAUUCAUUACGAGGAUGCUCUUAAAAAUAAUACUGAUGGUUUAAAAAUGACAGUAUUCAAUGCCAUUCAUAAUAACUGGGUGUCUCAAGUAAAUUAUUACAAAAGUUAUCAAGCUUUUAUUUCGUGCUCAAAAUGUUCAGAAACAUCUUUAUUUUUUUGCGAUAUCACAGGAACUAAAAUGCAAUAUAGUUUUAAUGUUCCUUUGGGAAUAUCAUGUUUUGCUUUUCAUGAAGGAAAAGAAUUAUUGCUAACUGGUGGCCCUGAUUGUUUAGUACGAGCUUGGAAUCCUUUUGUAGCGAUAAAAGCUAAUGCUAUUUUUCAAGGUCAUCAAACACCAAUAUGUGCUAUCAUAAUACACGAUAGUGCAGAAAAAGCUUACACAUUAUCUAAAGAUAGAUGUAUCAAAGUCUGGGACAUUGAAUCUCAAAUAUGUAUUCAAACGUACAAUCGAUUGCCCGGUGAACUCAGUGAACAUACUAUGAUGUCAGUUGUUUAUAAUUCUGUUACACAUCAACUGAUAAUAGCAAGUAUGAUGAUAGCGGUGGUAAUUUGCGAAAAAAUACUUGAUAAAACUAAAUCUGAUGGUGAAAGUCACACUAAAAAAAUCACUUGUGUUAUUUAUAAUCCAUUAUUCGAAGUGAUAAUAACAACUGGAGUUGAUUCUUAUAUAAUUAUGUGGGAUCCUUGGUGUGGACGUUGUAUAUAUGUGAUCAGAGAUGCUCAUACUGAAAUGUAUUUAGGAAAAUUAAAACAACUUCCAAUUACUGCAGCAACAUUUGAUCCUUGCAACCAAUUAUUAGUUACUGGUGCGAUAGAUGGUUCUUUGAAAGUUUGGAGUUUUAGCUCUGGCACUUGUGUAAAGACGAUGACGAUAGAACGAAAAUGUAAAAUUACAGCGAUAAUUUGGUUGAAAAAUCGAAUUCUUUGUACUGGACAAAAUCUCAGAUACAUUACAGAGUUUGCAGAUACUGAAACGGGAAUUUAUCGAAAAAUUUGGAAAAAACAACAUACUGAUGGUAUAUUAUGUGCUGCUGUAAAACUUCCUCAAACUCUUGUUACUAGUUCUGCAAAUGGUGAACUUAUUUUGUGGUACUUGGAGUCUGGUCAGCCAUACAAAGUAUAUCACCUUUUUAAUCCAGUUAAAGGAUAUCGAUGCAUGAAUUAUAAAGAAAAUCCAUGUGAGCUAUUAUACAAAACAAGUGAAAAUAAAAAAACAACAAAAGAAAAUUCAAAAAUAGUCGGUCUUGCUAUUUUAUUUCUUACUACAAGACCAAUAACACCCAACAUCGGAAGUCUGUUAGUAUCUUUAAAUUCUGGACUAAUUCAAGUAUGGAGUCAUCAUCCGGCUGGUGGAUUACUCGGAGUUUUUACAGCGAUUCAUACUGAUAAAGAUUAUUGUCUUAGUUUAUCUUCUGAUCCUGAAAAUAAUUUUUUAAUAACAGGACAUUCCGUGGGAUAUAUCAAAGUUUGGUUAAUGAAGAAUUAUCAAAUUCAAUCAUCUUUGAAAAUAAAUAUGGCCAAAUUGAAAUUGGAAUUUUGUUUUCUAUGGAAAGAUCAUAUUAUAGGUCGUGCAAAAAGAGCGAUUCGUAAUCAAAAAUUACCAAUGCUCUUAUCUUCUUUUCGAGGUCAUACGAUGCCUAUAAAUUCUGUUCAAUUUAUACCAAAUGCUAGACUAAUUGCAAGUGGGAGUUCCGAUCGUACAGUUAGAUUGUGGACAUUUGGCGGUCAAUAUAUCGCUACUUUAGGAACAUUUAAGGAAUGGGAAACAAUCUUACCUAAUAUUCCAGCUGCUAAAUAUUAUGAAGACAAUAAAAUUCCACCGGAUAUUAGCAAAAUUGGUUCAUCAACUACGCUGAAGGUUCUUAGAGGUGGAUCUAUUUGGGUGAAACUUAAAAAACUACACGAAGCUAAACAACUCGGCGAGCUAACUGACGAUGAAAAAAAUUUAUUGUAUGGCAAAAGAUUAGAUAAAUCAGUUCUUGAAUUUAAUACUUGCACUACUCGAAAAAUUUAGCAAGAUAUAUACAAUAUUCAAUAACUCUUUCUGUUACACUGUAAAAAAGUCGGGAGUGAAUUCGGAUUGGUUUCGGAAUUUAAUUAAGUCCGAAUUCACUCCGUAGGCUCGGAGUUUCGGAGUUUUUAAAAAAAUCCCCUUCGGAAUGAUCUGGAUUUAUUUGAAUCUGCAUUCACUCAGAUUCGGAGUUUCAACAUCAAAAUAAACUUCUCUUCGGAGUGAAUUUCAUUCCAAGGGGAUUAAAUAAAUAAACAGUCAUUCGCUCCGUAUUUACUCCGAAUUCAAUCCACGUUCGCUCCGCAAAUUUUUUGCAGUGUAUGUAAGUUUUAUUUUAUUAUUUAUUCCAUAAACUAUUUAUCGUUUUAUACCGUUACUUAUACUUUUGGUACCAGCUCACACUCAUUUGAAAAUUUAUAACCCGGAGACAUUGGAUAUUAAUAGUGAUUUAAUUAAUUAAAAUUGAUAAUCGCAAAAAAAAAAGAAUCAAUGUGAAAUAUUUAAUAAUAUUUGGGUAGUUUGCCAUAAAAUGUAAAUUCUUUUAUCAAUGAUUUUAUCAAAUUUUAAUUAGAUAGCAAGAUGAGCUCAUUUUUACAAAAUGUUAUCUUUCUAACUCGUUUAUUAAAUGAUCUAGUUAUGGUUAUUAAAAAAAUUUUCAUUUUUUUUUUAACUCUACAACAUCCCACUCACUCGGUGUUCUUAGUGAUUGCCGUGUUUUUUUUCUGUAAUAAAAAUUAUGUUCCAUGCAAUAUGUGAGAAAUUGCGAACGUGUACUUGGCUCGACUUUUUACAGAAAAUCUAUUUUUUGUAAGAUUUAUAUAUUUAUCCCAAGACGCUCAAUUUCUGUGAAGAUAUUUUGUGAGUUUAAAUAUUAAUUAAUUAUUACAAUCGUUACUUUAUUGUUUUUUCGUUCUGGUUAUCAUCAUCUCUGUUAAAAUAUACAUUAUAUUUAUAAUAAUGUCUGAAUCCAGUUCACUGUUUCGAUGAUUUUUGAUUUUUAUGGUACACAAAAUGUAAGUUAUGUAUUGGCUCGAUAAUAAAUGUAUACAUUUA